UUCUCUCUCUAAAAUGCUGUGUUUCAGGUUCAGGAUGCUUCUCCCACUCCUCCUCCUUUCUCUUCUUGUUGCCUCUUUUUCUCCGACGACGAGUCUCCGCCUGACGGACCCAAAGUUCCCAUCAACUCAGGCUAGGAAGCUGAUCAGAGGCCUCAAUUUGUUCCCAAAACACUCCAUCAACAUUGUCGAUCGCGAUGUUGCUAACCGGUCUUCUAUUGUUCGUCCGAAGAUAGUCGAGAAGCCUUUUAAAUUCCCCAAUUUCGUCGAUUCCGGUAGCGCGUCGGUUGAAGAAUUAGGUCAUCAUGCUGGUUAUUACCAGAUUGAACACUCUUAUGAUGCUCAGAUGUUUUACUUUUACUUCAAAUCACGGAACAGCGAAAAUGACCCUGUUGUUAUCUGGCUGACCGGAGGACCAGGUUGUAGCAGUGAGCUUGCUCUUUUCUAUGAAAAUGGUCCUUUCAAGAUUGGAAAGAACUUAACUCUUGUCUGGAACGAGUAUGGGUGGGACCAGGCAGCAAACCUGUUGUAUGUUGACCAACCUACUGGGACCGGCUUUAGUUAUAGCUCUGAUAAAAGAGACAUUCGCCAUGAUGAAAAGGGUGUUAGUGAUGAUCUAUACGACUUCUUACAGUCCUUCUUCACAGAGCAUCCUGAACUCGUAAAUAAUGACUUCUAUAUUACUGGAGAAUCAUACGCCGGCCAUUACAUUCCAGCUGUUGCUGCUCGAGUCCACCAAGGAAACAAAGAUAAGGAAGGAAUACACAUAAACCUGAAGGGAUUUGCCAUUGGUAAUGGGCUCACUGAUCCAGCAAUUCAGUACAAGGCUUAUACAGAUUAUGCGUUGGACAUGGGGAUAAUUAGCGAGUCUCAAUACAAACGCAUCAACUUGAUAGUUCCAGUGUGUGAAGCAGCAAUAAAGCUUUGUGGCACUGAUGGAACAGUCUCUUGUACGGCAGCAUACUUGGUUUGCAACAUCAUUUUCAUUGCCAUCACUAACAUCGCUGGCAAUAUCAACUACUAUGACAUUAGAAAGGAGUGUGUGGGCAGCCUCUGCUAUGACUUCUCGGACAUGGAGACACUCCUAAACGAAAGAUCUGUUAGGCAAGCUCUUGGAGUUGGAGAUAUAGAAUUUGUUUCAUGUAGCACUAGUGUGUACUUUGCUUUGCUUAUGGACUGGAUGAAAAAUCUUGAAGUCGGCAUUCCUGCUCUCCUUGAUGAUGGAAUUAAGAUGCUCAUAUAUGCUGGAGAAUACGACCUCAUCUGCAACUGGCUUGGUAAUUCAAGAUGGGUUCAUGCUAUGGAAUGGAGUGGUACGAAAGAGUUUGGUGCUGCUUCUGAAGUUCCUUUUGAAGUAUCUGGAUCUGAAGCAGGCUUACUCAAAAGCUAUGGUCCACUCAGUUUCCUCAAGGUUCAUGAUGCUGGUCAUAUGGUUCCUAUGGAUCAGCCUGCGGCUGCUCUGGAGAUGUUAAAGAGGUGGACCGAGGGCUCACUUUCUGAAACUGCAAUGGAGCCUAAAUCUUUGGUUUCCUCCAUAUAAUGGCAUGAUCAGGUCCGUUGUUUGUAAAUACCCCCCUCGGAACUUUCUAUGCUUUCACCAGUCUGGUUGCAUUGCACUUUAGGAGGAGAGUACAACAGAACACAGUAAGCAAACCAUUUUAGGUGGUUCCUUUGUUCCAAGGAUUGCAAAUGCAGUGUUGGUUUGAUUUGAUUGAUGCUAUCUUUCCAUUAUCCAUGGUAUGAUAAUCAAAUGUACCACGGGUCUCAAAUACUUCAUCUUACUUUGGCUUUUUGUUUAGAUUCAUCUUUUUAUGAUACGUAAAGAACGGAAGAGAAAUUAUAAAGAAAAAAACACACGAAAUUAAGUUCCCCGAAAAAGGAAUGGACGUCCACUUUGUCUUUUUCAUCAUACACGAACAUAAGAUUUGUAAUUGGUUGCU